AUGAAGCGCGGUGCAGUACACACUGGAAGACACGCCGCACACAGAACAAGUGCGAAGUUGCUUCAAUUGGCCAAACAUAUCCUUCCUUUGAGGAAGACGAGCGUUACAGCCAAGAGUUCAGCAGCCCUUCAUAAUGCAAUGCGGGCCACGAUGACUAAUGUCAGCCUUACCCAGGCCAACCAGGGUGGGGCUUACGCCAUAGACAUCGAUUUCGGCGGACAAACCUUUACCACUAUUUUCGACACUGGCUCGAGCGAUCUGUGGUUAGCCCAGCAGGAUGUCCAAUGCGUAGAGUACCUCGACAAGGUACUUCAACCAGCCGCCUGCACAUUUGGUCUGUUGGCGCCGGAUACCUUCGAAGACGGGACCAUUGACAACGAGAACUUCUACAUCAUAUAUGGCGACGGGGAAGAGUUAAGCGGUGUCUGGGGUUACGAAGACGUAAGCAUAGGUGGUUUGAGUGUUCCAUACCAGCAGGUGGCGUUGGUCGACUCUGCUCUCUGGAAUGGAGACAAUGUUACAAGUGGGCUGAUAGGGUUCGCGUACCCGGCUUUGACGAGCGCAUACCCUGGCAAUGAGUCUGCGAUUGAUGAUCCGAACUCGACCAUCCCAUACAACCCAUGGAUCUUCAACGCCAUCACUCGAGAUCUCAUCGACCCUAUCUUCAGUCUCGCCAUCCAGCGCGGCAGCAACAAUAGUGGAGGCCAACUCGCACUUGGCGGUCUUCCUCCAAGCUGCCACAAUCUGACCUACACAUCUACCGACCUACACAUCUCCGACCUUGCCAACCGUGCUGGGGCCUCCACGAACUUCAGCUUCUACUCCAUCAUCCCAGACGGCUUCAAAGCCUUUGGCGACCGAGGACUUAUGAAUCGAAGGACGAAUUAUUCUGUGAUUGUGGAUUCGGGCACUACCCUUGUCUAUCUUCCUCCACUGAUAGCAAGCAAAGUGAAUGCACUUUAUGAUCCGCCAUCCAAAUGGAUCCCGGAGACGGCAUCGUAUGAGAACCUUUGCAAUGCUGUGCCGCCGUCAUUCGCAAUCACCAUUGAUGGGACCGACUUAUGGAUCUCUUCUGAUGAGCUUCUGAUGACUGGUGAGGCUGGAGAAGAUCCCGAGACUGGUGGCUGCUUCUCUGGCAUCCAGCCGAGCUUUGAUGGCGCUUAUAUUUUGGGCGAGGUUUUCCUCAAGAAUGUGGUGGCGGCUUUCGAUAUUGGCAACAGCCAGAUGCACUUCGCUCAACACGAGUAUUGA